CCAAUUUCGUACAUAAAUAAUCAAGGCGUUAUUUCACCGUCAAUUUAAUCAUGCAUGGAAGCUUCGUAAUAUCCACAAUGGCCACGUCAUUAAACGUUUACCACGUCAGAAAAAAAUUGCCACGUCACCCGGUUCAAGAAUUAAACACCGAAACCGGUUCACGAAUCAAAUCGUUCCAUUACUAAUUAAAUAAGCCAGCCACUCGUUCUCCACAACCACUCUGAGAUAUAAUACUCGCCGAUGUCAACUUGAUGACGCGGACCAAUCAUAUUCGACAGCCCUACAUCCUCCCAAAACGCACCGUUUUGCUUGCCAUACUUCCACUCCCUCCCACGACAGCUCUCGUUCUUAUGGCGGCGACGGCGGCUAUCUCCGCCACGAUGUUAACAGAUCCUAAUCGGAACUUGCACCUGUACGGAUUGAAGAACCGUGAUCGUGCAUCGGUGUAUUGCUGCGUCGGUUCCAGCGGGAAGAGGAAGCUUCCGGUUCUCCUCUUCGACGUCAUGGAUACGAUUGUUCGCGAUCCUUUUUACGAAGAUGUUCCCGCCUUCUUCAGGAUGCCCAUGAAAGAACUGCUAGAGCGCAAGCACCCGACCGCAUGGUUUGAAUUCGAAGAAGGGCUGAUUGAUGAGGAUGAGCUCAUAGGGAAGUUCUUUAAAGAUGGGAGGGACUUUGAUUUGGAAGGACUGAAGGAGUGUAUGAGAUCAGGAUACUCCUACUUAGAUGGAAUGCAACAGCUUCUUCAUGCUCUCAGAGAUGACGACUACGAGAUUCAUGCUUUCACCAAUUAUCCCGUCUGGUACGAAAUGAUUGAGGAGAAGCUAAAACUCUCAGCCUACUUAUCAUGGACGUUUUGUUCGUGUACCAUCGGAAAGAGAAAGCCCGAUCCUGAUUUCUAUCUAAAGGUGGUGAAGCACCUCGGGGUCGAACCUUGUGACUGUAUAUUUAUUGAUGACAGGUUGAAGAACGUGGAUUCUGCAAGACAGAUUGGAAUGGUUGGCAUCCGUUUUGAGAACGCAGAGACACUCAAGGAGGAUCUUGCACGACAUGGAGUCGAGAUUUCGUUACGCAAAAACGAUGAAUGUAAUCGCUAGCUAGUACAUCUGCAGCAUCAUUCAAACAAAUUCUUUCUAACAUUAUCUAUAUUGGAAGCGUGCACACAGUCUUUUGUGGAAA